AUGGUAGCGCCGUGGGUGUUAUUUUUCGUAGUUUCGGCCUUUACCGUCCAGGCCGGGACUGUGCUAAAGAACCCUUUUGUAUUGGACGCUCCUCUACCGCUAAUCAACCUCCUACAGAUAGGAGGUAUGAACGAUGACCCUGCAACUGGAGCUUUAUUCUCAUUACCUGAACAACGUCCAGAAGACUCUUCUAAAAGUGGAAAUGUCUUGGGCGAUGUUCAGCAGACCACUCCUGUGACAACUGAGCAAACUGGUGAGCAAGCAACCCCGGUCAACACACCUGAGAGUGUUGUAUCGACACAAGAGACACCUCAAACGGAUUUUGCUACAAACUCCCAGAGCAGCGACACCCAGAAUGCUCCUGAGACGUCGAUUUUGGACACACCGGUACCUGCUACAGCCGAUAACGUGGAACAGAAGCCAAUCCUGCAACCAACGCAGUACGAGGCACCAGAUGCUAUGAAAACAGAAACCAAGACCAGUUCAGAAAAUUCACAAUCGCCAUUGAUGCCAGACACCAACUUCCCUUCGAUAGAUGGUGUCCCCAUCGCUACACCGGAAACUCCUCAAUCCUCAGAAAGCGCUGAUAAUGUAAAAUCGACCAAUGAAACUGUUUCCGAUGGAACAACACGUUCGGUAACUACAGCUCCAGGUGAUACGACUCCUGCCGAGGCUCCAGCUACUGCGCCAGCUGCCGCUGUUGAAGCUCCGACAGAAACCAACGGACCAACGCCUCCAGAACAAACUGAACCAGCACCUGCUGCGUCAGAGACUGGUGAAGCGACUCCAGCAGAGGCUGUAACACCAGAACAGGCUGAAGGACAAGGUGAGCCUUCGUCUGUUCCAUCAGAGGACAACUCAUCCACCACUCUCAACACCGAAGAGAAACCUAAAACUGAACCCGAAGAAAUACCAGCAGUCUCUUACGAUGAGAAAGACAUGCAAAAGAAAGGAGAUGAGACUGACAUGAACCCUAACGAUGUCAUUCAAGGUGGGCAAGAUGGAAUGUCCAAAAUGACUAUGGAUAUCGACCAAGAUUGGUUAAACGAAGAACGAGCCGCCGAAGCGAUUCAAAAGAACCUACCCACAGGUACAGGUUUCACCUACAAUAAGAGUGCGAAAUUGCUGACACCAGUAGUAGAGCAGCCAAAGGUCAUGGGUGGAGUGUUACAGACGCUUAUCGACAAGGAAGCAGAAAUCCGCCGACGUCACGAGGCAGCCGUGCAAAUAGAACAUGACUUGCGUUUAUUGGUAACACGUGAAACUGCUGAUGUUGUUGCGCUUUUGUCAAAAGGAUCACUGAGUGAGCUUAAGAGCGCCCAUCCAUUGGUGUUUGCGCGUCUGGUGGAGCCACUGAAAGCAUCAAUUGCUCUUGGACAUAUGAACAAAAGUGCACAGAACAUAGUAAACUUCUAUGACCGAGAUUGGUACGUACGAUCUUCACCAAAGGAGAAAGCAACUUUGCUUGAGAAUAUUCGUAAGGAUACUGGUCGACCUGACCUUUUCGCAUUGAAGGUCAAGAAACCCAAGAAGAUGACACCUGAGAAGGUGCGUGUAUAUGCAAUACUGGACGAAUACUUCAAUGAUUAUCAAUGUCAGAAGGUGGUACGUGGUAAUCAGGUUGCCAAACAGAUGCUUCGCAUGUUCGACGAAGGCAGUGGACUAUAUGUUGCACCAUUAUAUACUGACGUGGUACCUACUCUUGGUAGCACAUGGAUGAUCGAGCGUUUCGAGAAAUUUUACCGUCAGACCGAGUUUCUGAGAGGUGAGAUGUUGGAGAAAGCGAUGCCUCAGUUGGUUGGUCGGUUCAUGGUUAUGGUCGAGAACGGCACGAUACUGCCUACAUCCACUGAAAUACAAUUGAGUGUCUAUUCACUAGCUGCCGUUUUGAGCAAAAUUAUGGAUGGUGUGACAGAGCCGCGCAACUUCCUAGGCAAACGAAAGUUCUACGGGUACAUGGGCAUGUGUGACAUCAAGUGUGCCAGGGGUAUAGCAACCAAUGUGCCCAAUGGUGAUGCCACGAAGUCAUUUGUCCUUAACAAGCAACGAGAAAUCUUGCGUUGGAUAUCGCUGUACCUUCGUCAAGAUUUAAUGCGCAUCGACACAAGCGUGCAACGGCUACUUGUCGAACUGAUGUUCCGAACGACAAAAGAUCCGAAGUUCCAGUUCUCUAAUCAAAAGGUUGAUUUACACCUGAAGACGGAAUAUGUGAAAAAAGAACCAACAGCAUCGCUAUUAGAGUUACCUCGAGUUGACAGAUUUCUGACAAAGGCCUCGGGCCUGAAGGAUGCUAUGCAAAUGCAGAUGAGACGUUUCAUUAGUGGUUACCGUCUCCCUGGUCGCGUGCAGGCUACACCUUACAAUGCGUUCAAAUCACCGAAGAAGUUGGUUGCCUCGCUCGACGACGGUCUAUUGCAAAUGGUGGAGGUAGUUGUUGAUAUCGUGAACCUCAGAAGCAUGGAAGACGAACACAACCUUUACUUCCAGGCAUUCAACACUUGGGUACAAUUGCAGUCAUUCCAUGCCGCAAUUCAUGCCUUUGAACCACUAUCGUCCAAGAAGAGAACUUCCUCAAAGACCCUAGGUGCCGUCUUCCGUCACCUGAAUACGAGUGCAAGUAGGCACAUCGAAGCGAUACCCAAGCAAUUCUUGCCAUUCACAUCCUUGUUGUUACAGAUUUGCUUCUAUAUUGAGAAUUCAGUUGACGGAUACAAGAGAGGUAGACUGAAUAGACUAAAGAACUUCGUGAAAGGCCUAUUAACUUUGGGGUUGAAGAGCCGUAUGGGCCCAAGUAACUUCACGGAACUUCAAUCGUACUUAGAGCCUCAAGUGGUAUACAACAAGUCACGUUACCUCAUAGGUCGAGCUAUCAUCAGCAAUUUGGUGCAAGACUUCAAAACAAUGUUCUUGAACAAGCCGGCCAUCCCGAUGCCCAUCAUUCAGGUGAUUACUAUGUUCAUCGGUAUGUGGGUUCGGGGGAGCUCAGCUUCUCUAAACCUGGCAGAUCCAGGCAUCGACGUCGGGCACAGACUGUUCUUCGUGAACUACAUGUCAAAUAAAUUCGACCUACCUUUGGCGGCCACCGAAAUAGUGACACUCCAUUGUGCUGCUAGCGCUCCAGUGCUGCAUCUAGGUUGUGUAUCUCGUACAGUUAGAGGCCGUUUGGUUUGCAAGGAUGUGAAUAUACGCACAACGAAACGUGAUGUACUCAAGGUUAUGCAAAUGAUGGAUGCUACUUUCGAGGACCCUAUGGAGAUCAUCAGGAUUGGUUCUGAUCUUGCUCGUCGGUGUAAGGCACUUCCCGUACGCCGGAAUGUUGUCGUGAAGAAGAAGGACAAGAAGCCCGAGCCUUAUGACAGUGCGAUGCUCUUUUCGGAAUUGGCACACCGGUACCACUGCUACCAAGAACAAAAAUCUUUGGUAAAACAGUUGACCAAGGAUUUGAUGAAGAAUAAAGAGGCAUCCGCUGCACAACAAACAAUCGAUCGUGUCUUCAGCUCAGUUCGGUCGCUCACUGUACGCCAAUCACAGAUGGUGCAGGCUGGUCCAACACUGGUUUGCCCAUUCAUGGAGGAUGCUCCUGCUGAAUUGCGUGAACGCCACCGCCAGCGUAUGGUAGAGUAUGCUACAUCGCAACUUACGCUGCGCCAUAGAGCUGCCCAGGCGAUUAAGAACUUAGGAAGCAAAGUGGCUGACAAAUUCACUCGUUACGAUAGCACAAACACAACCGCUAUCGCUCCAUUGGACUCCAUCGCCGGAGCUAUCCUUGUCGGUACACGCCAGUUCAACGGUAUUAUGUUUUAUGGUGGAUAUGCGCCUCCAGAAAAGAUACCCAUGCCACAAAAUGUCCAGGUUAGACCUGGAGACGGUCGUGUGGUUUACCACGGUAAGGAGUUUGUUGCUGAAUUAGAAGUUUUGCGACCUCUUGGUGUAAAGGCAGUUGUUCUUGAGAAACAAAGAGGUGUUACGCGCCGUGUAUAUCACAUGGACUCCGGCAAGAAGAUGGAUGAACUUGCGUUCGGUCAAGAAGCGACUGACUUCGUUGUACGGGCCCACUUGCUUACCACUGCUUCAACCCUACGAGAAAUGGGUUAUUCCAUUGGCAAAUUUAUUUGGUGUGGAUACGACCACGGUUGGGUUGCUGAUUUUGUUUUACACAAUGUCGUUGGCAGCGGUGACCUUCCAGUUUUCAAUGGUUCCUUCUGGGUGCUAAGCAGGUAUAUGCGCGUGUCUGAUUUGGUCGGACGCAGGGUGCCAAUUAGGAAUGGCGACCGUAUAAAGGACGCAAACGUCGAAAACUACAACGUCAAUGUUUACUCUGGUGACGGUAAGCCAAUCGCAAAAUAUCCGGCACGAACAGGCUCCGGAUCCUCCUUCACCAAAGGCGGUGAUAACAUCUUCACCCUUGACAGUGGUUACGGUGAGGUUUCUCCUGCCGCAAUACACGACCUAAUUCGUGAUGCGGAGUUCGACGCCGCGACCAACACGCUCAUUCUCAAUCUGGACGCCCCAGGGGCUGUCUUGAAGGCGUCGCCGAUAGUUAACAGGAACUAA